AUGCACAAUAUUGUGAUAUUCUCAGAGACCUUAAAAUCUACCCUAGUGCCUUGUUGGGAUUUACCUGAGGGAACAAAUCUCGUGAUUGCCGUGUCGUUUGGUCUUUUCGUUCCGCCAAGAAUAUUAGGAUCAGCCAAGUACGGUGGUCUUAACGUGCAUCCUUCUCUACUCCCUGACCUCCGUGGACCUGCUCCAAUCCACCAUGCGAUACUAAGGGGAGACAGUCAUGUUGGCGUUUCAUUACAAACACUGGACGACAAAUCCUUUGAUCAUGGAACCGUGCUAUCUCAAACUCCACACCCUGGAAUACCAGUGCCACCAGACUGCACAGUUCAAGAACUCACAAAUCUCCUUGCUCCAGUUGGAGCACAGAUGCUGGUACAGGGUCUACGAGACGGUGUAUACGUACCGCCACACCAGAAUAGAGGAUGGAAAGGCGAAGAGCUUGACCAAGGGCAGCUCGUUCAUGCGCCAAAGAUUAGCAAAGCCGAUGGACAUAUCGGAUGGUCCAAUUGGACAGCGGAUGGAAUUGUGCGAGCGAUAAGAGUCCUGGGGUCCGUUUGGACAGAAGGCGUCAGUAAGAAGGGAGAGAAGAAGCGGUUGAUUUUCCAAGACGCUGAGACCGUGUCCUCUGACAAUGUCAAGAUUGACGGUACCACGGUUCGCUUUAUAUGUCACGGGCCGGAUUCAUUCAGCACUCUCGUAUCAGACCAGGGUGACGGGACUUGUGUUAUUAGUACUUCAGACGAUAAAUUGAUACGGGUAAAGAAGGUCAAAGUAGAGGGAAAGCCGGAGCGACCGGCCAACGUGGCACUGAAGCCCUACAUCCAAGUUUAA